AUGUCUUUAAUAAAUGUCCAUCCUCCUAAAACAAAUUUCGAUGCGGGAGACAUUCAAAGUCAUUGGGUUCUCUUCCUGGAUUCCCAUGGGCAAAAUAUCCCGGAGAAAAACAUCUCCCAGGGCACAAUUAUACAGGUCCAGGCACUAGGAAACGAUAACGAUGCCGUGAACAAGAAAUAUUUACUGGAUCAAAUAAACGCAAUUCAAAUAGAUAAGGAUCAUGUUGAAAAUAGAAUAACUGACAUGAAAAGAUACCUCAGACUAAAUAUUAAAAAUCUUGUGGACGAACCCAAACUACAACAAGAGUUAACGAGUUUGAAACGUCUUAUUCAAGUGGAUAAAACAAGUCAGUUGCAAAAUUUAAUAUCUAAAUUAGAUGAUAAGAUUACGAAGGUAAAAAUAGACGUCCAACGUUUAAUAGACAACCCAAAUGUAAACGAGGAUAGAUUGAAACGAAAAUUAACCACUUUGGAAAGAAAACUUGGCGACUUGCUAGCAGAACUAGACAAGACCGCGGACAAAACCGAGUUACAAAAUUCGAUAUCCAAUUUGAACGAAAAGAUCGCGAAGCAAAAAUCAGAUGUUCAAGAUAUAAUUAACACAUUUCCCAUUGACAAAGAUACGUUGAAACGACAAUUGACUGCUUUGGAUACUAAAAUCACGGACGAAUUAGAAAAAGAAGUGGGUGUGAUUAAAAACUUUCUUCAAAAUAAAUUUCGAGAUGAUAUGAAAAAUUAUAUUAAAGAACAGGUCAAUCUUUUGGUAUCUAGAAUUCAUGACGAUUUUUUGAGACAAGAGAGAAAGUUGACCAAAUUAGAAGCUAUUGUCACGGACAAAUCGUAUUAUUUCAAUCUUCCAUUCGAAAGUGACACUGUCUUCGAUAGAAAAGACUAA